CAUGCUUAACAUUUCAAUUUCAGGUAAAAGUUUUGAUCGAGGAGUGCCUCAUGCAGUAUAUGAACAAGGAAGAAGUGUUGAAUGAUCUCUGUACAAGGAAAGGAGUCGACCGUGGAAUCACUGAGACUGUUUGGGAAAAGCUUGUGCAGGACAACUCUGAGUUCUUCCAGCAAUACUAUGCUAAAACGAUGCUCAAGAAACAAAUUCUGUGCUACAAGUAUGUUCUUGAGAAGCAAGUCAGACUGACGCAUGAAAGAUUUCAAUCUGCAGCUGCUUCAUCCACAUUGCAAUCUCAACCAGAGAAUACAAUGAGACAUGGAUCAAACUCCGCAGGGACAAGCUAUAUGGUGGGAACGAACAAUCAACAGAGUCCCAUGAUACAUGAUGAGUUCCCUGCACUUGUGAGCACACAUGUUGGCCGGUGUGCUUCGGUUCCCACUGCAAGGGUGCCGAAAGGAAUAAUAACAGGAGAUACAAGAGCUAUAGCUCUUGAGGAGUUGACAGGGACAGCAAGGGUAUCAGAUAAUAGUUAUAUGAACAACUUGGGUUCUGGAUUUCCUGAGGGCAAUCUCAUGGGAAGACCCUCAUUCACAGGAAACAUGCUUGAUGCAUCUUUCAAUCCUGAGUUGGUUGGGCAACACUAUAGCAAGCAGUUCUUAGAUGCUAAUAUAUCAUCUGGAUAUUCAUGUCAGGGAUCUGAAGGUGCAGGAGGAAUUCCACCACCACAUGUAACACAAUUUGCUUCAUCUUCAGCAGCAAACUAUCAGCCAUGCGCUCAAAAUCCUGAGAACAUGAUCACCCAUGGCGGGGGGAUCUUCACAGACCUCGCUCCCGCUCACGUGAUGGGCAACUCGGCAGGCAUGCAAGCAUCAGAGAAUCCAUUCGGCGGAAUGCUUCAUGAGGUGGUAGGCGGAGGCACCAUGUCCUCUCCCUGCUACCCGAGCAGCUUCGAUUUCGGAGAUGCUGCUGUUCCUGCGAGUGCCAUGGAAGCUUCCGCCCCCAUGCUGAGAUCAGAGCCCCCAAACACCGGAAUGCUGCUCCACGAGCCGGGAGGGAGAGGGGUCAUGUCAGCUCCAUUUUAUUCGAGCAGUUCAGGAUUCGCGAAUGGUGAGGAAAACCCGGGAAGAAUGCCGGCAUCGGAUCACUGGUACACCGAGUUGCCUGCGGAAUUGAUGGGGAGAGAGAACACGUACUGGAGUGCUUCCAAUCCAUCGUCCCUGCAACAGCUUCAGCGAGCUGGACAACCAGCUGCGGCGCAUUCACCCUCGGCGUUCAUGCAUCGUAAUAUCUGAUUCAGGUAACAUUCUUUACGACUACGUUGUUUCUUCAUCCAAGAUCAAGAAGAGCAACAGGCAGAUUGUGGAAGCC